GAUCCCUCCCGGCAGGUAUCUAGUCUACCAGUUUGCUGGUUCCUUUCCUCCGAGGUCAGAUAACUUCUGUGCCUUGCAGAAGAAGGAUGUUUUUUCUCUCUUUAUGUGCUGCCUGAUCUCCUAGGAUGAAUGCAAGAUAAAGCAACCUGGCACUGAUAAUACUUGUUUAGACAUUAUAAUUUUAAACCUUGCUUACUGGAAGGCUGAAAAACAAUAACUGGGGAUAAAAUCUGGACACAAAAGACUUUUUCAUGGUUGUUCUUGUUCCAUUCUUUUCCGCUUCAAAGAACACCCCACUUCUACUAGAGGGGCAACUGACAUCAUAUCCUUCGCAGAAAGAAGGUCCAGCCACAUCAACCAUCAGACAGAUCUUCCGCUUGUGCCUUCUCCGAAGACGGGCCCCCCUUGUCCCCCAAAAAGGAGAAAAUGGCCAGAAAAUCUUCUAUUCUUUGUCUUUUGGGACUGAUGAUAUGCUGCUGCAAGUCCCAAAGCGACAGUAUCAAAGUCAAGAUGAUCACAUCACCCCAAGGUUUUGGAACCAGUGUAGAAUUGAAGUGUGAAACCAGCAAGGCGGAUAAUGGGAUGUAUUGGAUAUUUCAGCAAAGCAACAACGACAUGCGAUUCAUUUUCUAUGUCUCUACAAGGGGCCAUGUAAAACCAGACUCCGUAGCUAACUAUGGUGCAAGUAAAAGUAGCAACAACUAUCACUUAAUUAUUCAGCGUUUCCAAAAGGACAAUCAGGGCAUGUAUUAUUGUGUCAAUCUCCAGAAUCAGAACCUGAUUUUCAGUCCAGGCCUCCCGGUCUACCUGCCAGAGACAACCACCCAGCCUCCCACCAUCCCACACCAAAUUUCAACUACAACCAAAAGGCAGACAAAGGACAAACCGAUGGAGUGUCCAAAUCUAACAGACUCUGGUGAGGGUUUGGAUCCAGUGUUCCCCUGUGAGAUCUAUAUCUGGAUCCCUUUAGUUGGCAGUUGUUUCAUUCUGUUGAUAAGCUUGGUGAUCACCAUAGUGUGCUGUGGUCGCAGAAGAAGACGGCGAUGCAAAUGUAAAAGGCUUAUGAAUGGAACCAACGGAGCUCACCCUUUGCCGCACUAGAGUACAGAACAGAUUGGAGCCUUCUCACUCAUUUGCCUCUCAUUGUAUCUCAUUUCCCCACAUUAUAAACAGAGACACUCAGGGGUUUGUGAUUAUUCUGCACUUGCAUGCAAAAUCAGAAAUCCUUCACACCAAAUUGUGGAAAAUUCAUCUCUCCCUAAUGUGUGUUGUAUUUACUCUGCAAUUGAUUCUCCUGCAUAAUUGCACCAGAAACUAACUACAGUCACUCCACCACAUUUUUAAGUUUGACUUUUGUAAAUUGGACUAAAAAGGUUCUCCCUAGGAAUCCCUAUGUGGUAAUUCUACAGUCGGCUUCCAGCAGAUGUUGACCAUAGUUGUGCUGGAAGACCUAGAAAUUCCUUGAGUGAUGUUUUCUUAGAUUUUAGAAAUCACUAUUUUUAUUUGUUUUUCACUUUCAUGGGGGUCUUGUGCUCUUAAUACUAGCCAAUGUGGAGCUCUGACUGUAGAACAGUUUCCUUGUUUUCUUUUUUUAAUGUAAGAUUGUUAAGGAAAGCUGUGCUUUAGUUAACGUUAUAUAGCAAAGAAUGCCAUUUGCUAUCCUUUUUUUAAUAUUAGAGUUUAUCCGCUGCCUUUAACUUCUAGCAAUCUAUGCUUUGGAGGGGUGUUUGUGUGUAUACACAGGGGCGGCUCAUCCAUUACGCGAAGUAA